CUCCCUACUAUUUUUAUAUAUGUAAGUUUAACUCCGUGUCUCUAUAUUUAGUUACUAAUUUUAAGCCAAUUAGAAAACAGUGAAAUAUUCAAUCGUGAUUCAGGUAACCAACAGUUUUUAAGAACCAAAAAGAACAUGCUGGCACAAAUGAAAAUUAAUUUCAUCGCAACAAUGGUGCUCUAAAAUGACUUAUUUUUGAAAUAAUACAAACAUUUUCCGGUGUUUUUGUAUGAUUCAGACAAAACAUAAGGAUUAUGUUCAUUCAUGAACCUGUAAAUACCUCAAAUAACUUGAUAUAUCGUGGUGUCUACAUCUUGUCAAUCAAUGUCAAAUCCAAAAGUUAUCAUAGUUAAUAGGCCUGACAAUUCAGUGAAUAAUGCUGAUGCUGAGAAUGUAAACACCUGUAACAUGGUGCAAGCAGAAAUUAUAUUGACCAGACUGCGUAAUGCUAGAGAAUUAGGAACUGCUUCCCAAUUAAUAAUAGUUGAUUUGAGAGAAACGAGACUUUUUCAGUCAGGUCAUAUAAUAACUGCUCGUUCAGCAAACUGCUAUACAAAAACUAUGGCUAAACGAGCCAUACAAUCAUGGGAUGUAUGGUAUUCAGAAACACAUGGAUGUCCUGCACCACAUAAGGAUUCUUCAGUCUCAUUUAUUUCUCAGAUCUCCGUUGUUAAACCAGCUAUUGUUGUAUACAACCAACGUGGUACCUUUUCGUCUAAUUCAUCAACGAGAGAUAAAAAACUUCGCGCCGAAAUGCAUUUCAUUUGUGCCCUGAUAACUCGUGGUAAUCGAGUAUAUAUGAUUGAUGGUGGUUUUGAAGCUUUUAGAAAUCUGCGUGGAUCUUCUGAUUUCAUUGAUCGACAAUCACCACUUCUAAUCAAUUGUUUUCAUACUGAUGACAGUUCGUGUUCAGAAGCUGCAUCACCUGCUUCAUUAAGUGACAAUUCAGACCAUUCUUCGUGUGUUUCACGUGUGUUUAACGAUAAGCUUGUGAUUACACUGAACGAUAGCAGACAUGAUAUUUCAAAGCAUCAUCAUCAUCACAAGGAAAACUCUACUCAUGAUAAUUUUAUCCCAAGAGAAUUAUCCUGUCACAGUUUAAAUGGAUUUGAUUGUAGUGAGACAGAAAAAAUUAUUUCUUGUUUAAAGGAUUGUGCUGGUGAUGAAACUCUAGUUGUUCGUAUUAAACAAGCUCCAUUAAGAGCGUCGAUACCUCAAAAUAAUGACGACGUUCUUGGUGCAAGCAUUUCACAAAUUUUACCGUAUCUUUAUUUAGGCAAUGCACGCGAUUCACAAGAUGUUGACUUACUUCGACAGUUGAACGUUACUCACAUAAUCAAUGUGACAGAUACUCUACCUAUGCCAUUUAAAAGGUUGAAUCGCAUACAGUAUCUUCAUAUACCGGCAUCAGAUACAACUGACCAAAAUUUGCGUCCGGCCUUUGACAGAGCUGUACAGUUUAUAGAAAAAGCAAGAAAGCAAAAUGGAAUUGUUCUUGUCCACUGUUUAGCCGGUGUUUCACGUUCAGUAGCUGUUGUCAUUGCUUAUCUGCUAUACAGUAAUCGAAUGCUGAAUGUUUACAAAGCACUGGAAUAUGUACAAGCCCGUAGAUCUGUAGCUGGACCAAAUCUACACUUUAUGGGACAACUUCAAGCCUAUUAUCAAGAUCUUCACAGUCAUAAGUCAUCCAUUUUCUGUCAUCGAAGUAACUCCAAAUCUAAGGAUAAACUGUCUACACGCAAUAGUGCAGAGAACUUAACUUGUAAAUUACGUAAAAACAAACUGUUACGUAGUGUCAGUCUAUCGUCCAGCUGGAAAAGCUCCAAACCGUGUACUCCAUCUGCGUUUCAUAGAAUUAGCACUUCAAGUAAAACCAAUACACCUCCAUUUAUUCCAUCCCCCAUGUCAUUACAUGAAUUUAAUAAGAAUUCCAAUAAAUCUCUCAAUUCUACUUGGUCAGUCAGUAGCACCACAACACGUACAAACCGUCGACAUCCUCUUUCUCGUAAUGAUUCACAUGAAUCUAAAUCAGGUUCAACGAGACUCAUAAAAACUCACGAAUAAUUUAAAAGUUGUAUCACCUAAACAUGUGAAGUUUAAAGAAGUGUAAGUGAGAUGCUUAGCUUCUAAGUAAAAUUAUCUAAAAAUAAACACCUGUAAAAAUUCUUGUGAUAUGUAUACAUUUAUUUGUAAACAAAGAAUUGUCAGAUCCUAGUGUUUAUGACUUAACUUCUGUUCAUAAAGUCCAGGUAUAUUAUAAUUCAGUAAUUGUGUUCUUCCUAUAUCAAAAUAGAUUUUGAAAUAUUUUGACAGUGGUGUAGUGUUAUUCCAUUGAACACUCGUAUUGCUUCACUUUAAAAAGAUGAAUACUUUUCAAAUAUGAAUUCGAAUCUAUCAUUUGUGUACAAAUAUUUGGUGCAACUGUCUAUAUUUCAGUUUCCAGCUGUUUUAGCCCAUUUUCCAAUUUGACCUGGACUUGUAUUUUCCUCUUUUUUUAUUUAUGAUUUUACAGAAUGUUUUGAAAAAACUCAUUGUUUCGCUAAAGUAUAAGUACUUACUUUGGUUUGCACUGUAUUUAUUCAUAUUAUUAUUUAAAAAAAAGAUUGUACCGGUUGUGUCUUAAUUUCAUGGUUGUCAGGAUUAAAUAUCUCACUGAUGGUUCCAUCCAGUUCAAUAGAAUACACUGUGUGAAAAAGAUAUUACGAUAUUUAACGUGACUUAGAUUAAUGAUUUGCUUCCCAUUAUGGGUAAAUUUUGUUUUGAUAAAGUCUCACAGUGUCAUACAGUAAUUUUACUGAUGACGUUUCGAGAACUAUUUAUUGAUCAUAAUAAUAUUCUUAUAUCAAUGACUUGCUUCCCAGUCGUUUCAUCUUUGUCACCUUCACAACUAAUUUGUUUGUUUUCUUUCAUUGUAUUCUGAGCUGAACACAUGACUUCAAGCUUUGAAGUGUUGGUGGGGAUGAUGUUGCUUUUAUGGAGAGUAGUCAGUCACCUCUUACCCAUAUUCCCGCUUUUCAGGGCUUCUUAUAGACUGGUAAACUAUGCACGUUUUUAGUAAUCCAUUGAUCGAGAAUCAAAGCUGGAUCCGUCACGUGGCUGGGGAGCAUCGUUACACUGCAUUGUGUUACCACUAAAUAAGUUUGUAAUAAAUCUUUGUGAACGGUAUAAUAUUUAUGCACCUCUAUCUGAGUGGCUGAAAUCAAAUCAGAGAACUACCAUUUUAUCCCCUAGUUUCCUUUUCACAUCUUGUAAACAAGUUUAAACGUCAAAUUUCUCUUUCAGAUAUUCUAGCUGCUUAACUUACUAGGAAAUACUGGACUGCCCUCUAAAUCGCAGUAUAAUGCCUAAUACAUAUCCAAUUAGUUAUAUGAAUUCUCUGUAGAUCAAAAUAACUUACAAUAUAAGCAGUGUAUGUCAGUGGAUAUUAACAAAGACUUGUAUCUGUUCUAAGAAUGAUAGGGCUGUUUUUCAGUGACUAUACACUUGUAUGUCCUAGUUGAUUGAAAAAUCUUUCCCAUAUAAUAAUUCAUUCCACCUUUCGCAACUUUAAAUAGAUUUAAGCAAACUCUUGAAAUAUGUAUCCAGUUAUUUUCAUUGUUAGUAUUUAACUACUAAUAAGUAGAAUCAUGUAUUCAGUCAUUUUUUCUCGAUCAUUUAAGAUUCAUAAAAUAGAAGAAAUACAGUCGAAAAACUGUUGGUUUUCGCUCAUCUAAA